AUGGCGGCCCCGCGUCUCGUCAGUAGCGCUCCAUGCUGCGUCCCCUUGCAUUACGUCAUGCAGGCGACAGCCAGCAAGCUAACAAGCAAACGUCGCGCUAACCAGCAAACAUCGUUAUUUGAACAUUUAAAGUGGGACUUCAAUGACAAAAUGGCCUCCCCAAUCCCCGUGUCCUCCCUGCGCCUCCUCGUCCCUCCUCUGCGUCUCCUGACGGCGGCCAUGUGGCAAGUUGCACAGCAGCGAAGCGUCAAGCACUACGGCAUCCUGGGAGAUUUUGUGUCCCUGGUGACGGACGCCAUUCCUGAACUGCUGACGGACAAACAGAAGUGUUUGCUGCUUCUUGCGCUGAGGGUGAAGCUCAGCGACUCAGCGACUGAGGAAUGUGAUUGUGCACCAUUGAGUCUUCCUGAGAAAGUGAGUCCAGUGGACAGACGACGCCUCUCACAGGAUGUGUUCAACCAGACUUUUGACAGGGCUCUCCAGGCCUUACUCUCGGACUUCCUGUGCAGGACUGAGCAGCUUUUUCCAGUCCCUGACUUUAAACAGGCUGUGUCCUGGCUGACUUCUGCAACGGCUGGUUUUGCCGACUGUCUUGGUGUUCCUGACCGAGAGGAGCUGAAAACACUACUCAGCAACCAGCGCCAUCAGCUGGGACAAGUCCCUUCUACAGUGGAUUGUGAGACAGAGAAGAUCCUUCUCUCGGCCUGGUCCCACCCCCUCAUCGCAAAGCUGUCCAAUCAUGAGGCAGCUCACCUCAGUACACAAGCCCAGUCAGAUGUCCACGUUGACAUCGGGAGUCCAGCCCAGCUGACGAUGGAAAACCAAAAGGAGGAGAUUGUGUCGAGGCGGACGGCCUCAGCAGCUGAAGCAAAGUCCAAUAGCGCUUCAUGUCAAGAUUCAUGCACGGCUGUCAACCUGAAGGCACAGAGAUUAAAGGACAUGCCUGCUAACUCCGAUGAGCCGUCGAGACACUCCUCAGAUCCGCCGCACAGUCACAUCAUGGCCGACGCUCUUCACAACAUUUCUCAGCGAGUGGCUCACAAAUGUCCCCAGUGUGGCAAAUGUUUCAUCUACCGCUCUCAGGUUCUGCGUCACCUGCGAACCAGCAAGUCCUGUGGCCACACCUUAACCAGGAGCGCAGCCGCUCAUCAGGACAAUAUACCUGCUGCCCAUGAGGAGACACGCCUUGAAGCGUGCCGCCCCACUGGAAAGCACCCUUGCUUUCAGUGCAAGGAUGAGUUCCUAUCCAAGGCUGAGCUGCUGCUCCACCAGCGCAGCCACAGAGCCCGACCCAUCUUUCCAUGUGGCCAAUGUGACAAGGAGUUCCUUCACCUGUCCAGUCUGACCAAUCACAAGCAGACACACCAGGAAAAUGGCGGGAUCAGCUGCAGCCAGUGCGGCAAAGUGUUUGGCUCGGCUAAAGAGAGAGACGCGCACAGCCUGCAGCACCGGCUGCCUGACCUCACCUGUAAUCUCUGCUCGCAGGUGUUUAGCUCACAGUCGCAACUGCUGCGACAUCUGCAGACACACACAGUGGAGGGUGCUGAGCCGUGCUUUCCCUGUCGCUUCUGUGACCAGACUUUUUCAGGCGUGACUCUGCUGCGUAUCCACCAGCGCUCCCACAGGACCCGCUCGUUCCAGUGUGACCAGUGCGACAAGACAUACGGCUCGCUCACCGGCCUCCAGUCCCACCGGACAAGUCACAUGACAGACAGUCGCUUCCUGUGCCCUCAAUGCGGCAAAUGCUUCAAGACACGCGAUGGGCUGGAGGGCCACCUGAGGACGCACAGUGGCGAGCGGCCAUAUCGCUGCCCUUACUGUCCCAAAGACUUCACUGCGCUCGCUGGCCUCAAUGUUCACGUGCGGCGGCACACUGGAGAGCGCCCGUACGUGUGCACGGUUUGUGGCAAGGGCUGGCCGUCCGGAGGCGACCUGCAAAAACACAUGCGUAUUCACACGGGGGAACGGCCUUUCUCCUGCCAGGAGUGUGGGAAGUCCUUCUCCAACUCUUGUCACCUGAGUGAACAUCGGCGCAUCCACACCGGUGAGAAGCCUUUCUCCUGUCCCGAAUGUGGAAAAUGUUUACGGAGGAAGUUCGACCUGAACAAGCACAUGUUGUGCCACAGCAACAAACGUCCAUAUGCCUGCCUUUCCUGUCCCAAGAGCUACACUCGCAAGACUCACCUUAACAGACACCUGUUGACACACAGCACAGAUGGCGGAGAACCGGAGGCAGCGGAUUAACUUUGACACCUUUUUAUACUUUUGAACAAUGUGCGGCUUCCACAACUUUUUGUGGACCCCUUUUGAUUACUCUCUAUCUUUUUGGACAAAAACUGCAACUAAAGAUGACCUUUUAGUAGGGGUGUAACGGUACACAAAAAUGUUGGUUCAGUACGUACCUCGGUUUAGAGGUCACGGUUCGGUUCAUUUUCAGUACAGUAAGAAAACAGCAAAAUAUACAUGUUUUGGUUAUUUAUUUACCAAAUUUGUAAACAAUGGCUUUAUCCUUUUAACAUUGGGAACACUAUGAUAAUUCUGCCCACGUUAAUCCACAUUAAACUGCCUCAAAUUGCUGCUCAGAUUAAAUAAAAUGACAAAACCUUUCUUCUACGUAUAAAAAGUGCAACAUUAACAGUUUCAAGUCAACUCAUCAUGCUUGAUUUAUUACAGCAUUUGGGAAGCCUGUAGUUGAUUUUUAUUAUGUAAAUGUUAUAUUUUGUCAACAUGUGAUAGCAGGCACCCUGCCAUUCAAAACUAGGCUGCUACAUUACUAAUGAUUCAUGUAACUAUAGCUGAAAAAUAGUACAAUAGCAAUAGGAGACACUAUUCUUCUCUGAACACCAUGGAGUUCAAGUGAAAUAACACACAGACACGGCUUUGCUGCCCCUAACAAACACCCGCACGCGCACACACACACACACACACACACACGCACGCACAUUACACGCAUGCACACACACACACACACAGCAAAAUGAGCUAACGUUACGCUAAAAGCUAAUUAGCCUUCACCUCAAGCCAGGACUGCGUGCGAGCUGAGCUGCAGUUUAAGGUUCUAGAACGUCAACGGGCUCAUAGUGAUGUUACUAGUAGUGUUUAUUAUAAUUUGGGGAGAAUACGCUGCCUUAUGCUUAUGCUCACCUACUCGACGCUGAAACAUUGACUCCAUGCACUUUGAAAACGCACUGCUGAUUGGCUGUUAUCGCUUUGUAUGUAACCAAUCAGAUGGUUGUGUGGGUGGGACAAUGCUGGGUGCUGACAAAGAGGCGGAAGAAGCAAAGCAGCUUGUUCAGAUUUUAGCUUAGAAACUUGUUUGGUACACCCCUGUACCGAAACGGUUCAAUGCAAAUACACAUACCUUUACACCCCUGUCUUUUAGUUAAGUUACUGCGAUUAACGUUUGCCAGUGUUAACAUCGGCAUUUCUGAAGGACAUUUAUACAGUCAGGUUUUAACCGAAAUGUUGUGUUGACAGUGUUGCCCAGGAUAUUGUAUUUGUCUACUGCUGUCUGUCACUCAAUGUCAUUUGUCAAUCAAACAAACUUUAUUAACGUAAAUUUCCAUAACAGUCUA